AAGAAGACAAAAUUCCCAACUAAAAAGGAAAUAUUUCGCUACCUGUUACCAUACAUCAUCAUCAUAAAUUAAAGAAAAUUGAAAAUACAUUCAAAUUUUGAGUUUGUAGCAAUAGAGAUAUGCAGUGCUUUCCAAUUUCCUUAUUGAGACUACAUUGAAAACAAAAUAACAACGUAUUCAAAUCAGUGCAUAAAUUAAGAAAAGUUGUGGAAAAAUUCAUUUAAACAAAGUGACAAGAAGGAGCUGUUAUUAUUGAAACGAAGUAACAACGCAGCGAAAUGAAAAGUGAUGUGAAUGCAAAGCGAUUGGCGGAGUAUGCGUUUAAAAGAUAUUAAAAGCUUUUUAAUUUAAAAGCGAAAUUAAAAAUUUCUUUGGAAAACUUUUACUUGCUGUCUGCGACGAACGGACCCACCGACAGGCAAUCAGACAGACAGACAGACUCCUUAAGAUAUUCCAUCUCCAUAGUGGGCCUUUGAAGUGAACCAACUCGUUUUGGACUUGUUUCAAUUAAAUAUGGAUACCACAUCGUCAAGCAUCGAUACGGCCAACAUCAGCUCCAGCAGCAGCAGUGGCCUCAGCACCAGCCCCAAUAGCAGUGCCGCCAGUAGCAGCAGCGGUGGCAGUGGCAAUAACGUUGAUACCACAGAUGGCUUGUCAUUUUGUUUUAUACGGGGCUCCGAUCCUCGUGCUGCCACCUGCCGUGGUAAAUUACAAACACGUCGCUGUAAAUUGAAUCAGGAAAUCAAUAAAGAGUUACGAUUAAGAGCCGGUGCUGAAAACCUAUUUAAGGCAACCACAAAUCGUAAAUUACGUGAUACAGUCGCUCUGGAAUUGAGUUUUGUCAAUUCCAAUUUACAAUUAUUAAAAGAACAAUUGGCUGAGUUGAACUCAUCGGUGGAGGUUUAUCAGAACAAUAGUCAAGAUGGUGUUAUGCCCAUGAUACCCUUAGGUUUAAAAGAAACAAAAGAAAUCGAUUUUAUGGAACCGUUUUCCGAUUUCAUACUGGAACAUUAUAGCGAAGAACCAUCACAGUAUAGCGAUGCUAUAGCGGACAUAACCGAUACAAGACAGGCCUCCAAAACCCCCUCACGCGACAGCCAGGGUGUGGCCCUACUCUUUCGCUACUACAAUCUAUUGUAUUACGUUGAAAGACGUUUCUUUCCACCCGAUCGAAAUCUGGGUGUCUAUUUCGAGUGGUAUGAUUCCCUAACAGGUGUACCAUCUUGCCAGCGCACCAUUGCCUUUGAAAAGGCUUGUACUCUCUUCAAUUUGGGUGCUAUUUACACACAAAUUGGUGCUCGUCAUGAUCGUACCACCGAAAAGGGUCUAGAUGCCGCCGUCGAUAGUUUUCUACGUGCCGCUGGCAUCUUCCGCCACAUUUACGAUACUUUCACCAAUGCCCCCUCCAUGGAUUUGAAGCCACAAGUUUUGGAUGUUCUGGUGUCUUUGAUGUUGUCACAGGCGCGCGAAUGUCUUUUUGAGAAAUUGCAAUUACAAAUUGAAGCAUUGGGCCUCAAGGAUUCAAGUCAUCUCUUUAAAGAUUUAGCAGGCGAAGCAGCACAAUUAACCCAAGAGUACAAUGAAAUGCACAAAAAUAUCCAAACGAAUGACACCCAUACAUAUUUACCGGAAUGUUGGGCUGGUCUGGUGCCACUCAAAGCUGAGUAUUAUAAAGCUGUGUCCCAUCAUUAUGAGGCCCGCAGCAUAGAUGCCAGCGCCGACAAAGCUUCCUUGAGUACCAAAAAAAGUCAAGCCACCUCAAAUGAAUCGUUCAUUGGCAAUGCGCGGGAGGCCAUGCGCAUAGCGGCCGCUGCUGCAGCAGCUGCUGCCACAGACGACAGCGAUGAGGAGUGCACCAGUUUGGCGGCAUUAAAACGUGCCCAUUUAAAUGAAGCUAUGGCUAGUCAUGAAGAAACCCAACGUCUGCAGCGCAUGUGUCGUUAUUUAAAGAAUAAAACAUCACUAACCCAAGUCAUUAAGGAGGCCCAAUACAAAACACAGGAUGAAUUGGAAAAGUUUAGCGUAGAAGCGCCUGAGAAUGAAAUGGAUGAUUUAAUGGAAGUUCAAAUAGAAGUUUGCUCCAAAUUCACCCUAUCCCUUACCGGCCCCGAUUUUACUUCGUACAAAGUGGAAGAUCCUUUCAAGCGCCUAGGUCCCAUUGCCAUUUUCUCUGCCCGACGUCAUUGGACAGCACCCAGAUGUGUGCGUCUACAAAAAGGUUCAUCCAUUUAUCAUGAUGGCACCCAUUAUCAUUGCCAUUGUCCAUCGCCGGCAGAUGGCCAUGAAGUGGGCUGCAGUCUAUACAAGGAGGAAAUUGAAAGUUUUGGCUUUCAUGUUCAAGGUGAUGCGCCUGUAAUGAUUGCCCAUGUGGAAAUCAACUCAUUGGCAGACUUGGGUGGCAUCAAGGAGGGAGAUUUUAUUGUGGAAAUAGCUGGCAUUGAUGUUAAAUGGUAUCUUCAUCAGCAAGUAGUGCGUCUGAUACAAUCAUGUGGUUCCACGCUGGAAGUGAAAGUCAUAACGCCCAUGGAUAGGAAUUAUUUGAAGCCUUUGUCAUCAAAGGGCUCCAUUUCCACACUCUCUGCUGCUAGUUCAUCCGGAGUUUCAUCAGGUUCUUCCAGUCCCACAGGCACCACCAGCAAACCCAAAAUACGCUGCAAGUCCACAUCGAAAGCACGUUUGGGCAGUAUUUCAUCGAGUUCAUGGAAUCCAUUUCGGCGUACACCAAGCUUAGCGAAAAUCUUUUAAAGAUAAUUUAAAACAGAAAAACAAACACAAAAACUUUGAGAAAGUGAAAAUUUACUAUAAAAAAAUAUCAGUGGCCAUUAAAAAAAAACAGAAGAGAAAAAAAUCAAAUUAAACAUAAUUAUAUUAAUUAUUAUUUUAAAAUAAAAUUAAUAUAUUAAGUUUCUGUAUACAUUAUUAUAUUAAGUUCAGCAACACAAAUACUAUUUGAUAUGAUGCAUAACAAAUUAUGAAUUUUGUUUUAAAUCCUUUAUUAUUUUCUUGUAAAAUGUUUCUUUCUAAUUUCAUUUUAUUUUCUGGGUUUAAGGAAAAUAAUCUCUUUGAAAAUUGUAAAUUAUAAAGAAAAGAUUUUUUUAAGAUACUUACAUCAAAAUGUUGGUAGCAUAAUAAGAUUGUAAUAACUGAAUUAUAUUAAAGUUUGUAAAAAUAAAAAAAAAUUUAAGAAGAAUAUUGGGUCAAAAAAAACAAUUAAACACGUAGUUAUAAUGGCCGUGUUUUGUUUUUGCUCCAUCCAAUGUAAGCCAGAAUUACUGGUUUCGGUGCAAAGUUAUCGAUAUGAUAGUUAUCGAUAUGAUGCGAUAACAUUGAAACUUCUCCGCUUGGUACUAAAAUGUAAUAUGACCAAUAUCUAUUUAAAAUUUUUUACAAUACGUGUACCCAUAUCGAUUAUUUCUAAUCGAGAGUCUCUCAAGGCAAUGUGUUAAAAGUAACGCAAAACAGAUAAUGAUUUUUUGAAACAUUUUUUAAGAAACAGACCGUUACUAAAAUGUAUAUUUGGUGCGUUUUAUUUCAGUACUAUACUGUGCAAAUCACUUGUCAUCGGCUGUUAUCGCAUAAUAUCGAUAACUAUCCAGUGCAACUUUGUACUGGAAUUUUUUUUCAUCUAACUUGAACUAGAUAGAACGAAAAGAAAACACGACAUUUAAUUCGGUAGAACUCCAUAAAAUCGAUAUCUGAAAAGUCAUUACGGUUAUCGUAAAGAACGACCUAUCCAAAUAGAAUAACUGUACAAAGUCGUACUGGAUUGUUAUCGACAUCAUACGAUAAUCGAUUAAUCGUGUUUUCCACUGUAUAGUACCAAAAAUAAACACAAUCUUGAACUUUUUUCAAUGACAUAUUAAAAAUACUUUAGUGUUUUCAACGAUGCAAGUGCUUUUAUCGAAAAUUAAGAAAAUUUCGCUAACUUGAACUAGAUAAAACGAAAAAAAAAUACGACAAUAGAUUCGGUAGUACUCCAUAAAAUCGAUAUCUGAAAAGUCAUUGCGGUUAUCGUAAAGAACGACCUAUCCAAAUAGAAUAACUGUACAAAGUCGUACUGGAUUGUUAUCGACAUCAUGCGAUAACCGAUUAAUCGUGUUUUCCACUGUAUAGUACUAAAAAUAAACACAAUCUUGUACUUUUUUCAAUGACAUAUUAAAAAUACUUUAGUUUUUUCAACGAUGCAAGUGCUUUUAUCGAAAAUUAAGAAAAUUUUGCUUAAUUUCCUUACCUAAAAAUAUUUGAAAUAUUUUUUAAACUUGACCAUACUUUCAGUUUUUUAUUUGUUAAUGAGAUAUUCUUUGAGAUACAUUGAGUAAUAUGCUAUAUUUUAUAAUGAAUUCAAAAUGUUAUAAUCUGAAUUUUUGGUUUAUUGUAAUAUUGUUUUAAGCCAUAUAUAUUUAUGCAAAUAUAUAUAUAUAUAUAUUUAUGUAUAUCUGUUAGUUGAAGAAGUUGAAGUUGAUGCUGAUGCUGAAGAAGAUAAAGAAAUCCACAACACAAGUGUAUAUUUUAUUAUUGGACAUAAAUUUUAAACUUUUAUAUAAUAUUCUGAAAAUGUAUAAAUAAUUCAAAAUCUUUUUUCAAAUAAAAGUGUAUAUAUUUUUUCAAAAAAAUAAAAAUAGCUUUUAAUGAUGAAAUUUCAAAAAAGUUAAA